UUUUACCGGUACGGGUAACCGGUCACGCUGGUUUUAAAUAAAUAGGAUUGCACAUUAUCCCGAAAAUCAAGGAAAAUGAAGCUUAGUGUGGACGGUCUCCUGGUGUAUUUUCCGUACGAGUACAUCUACCCGGAACAAUAUGCGUAUAUGCUGGAACUGAAGCGAAGCCUGGACGCCAAGGGUCACUGCCUUCUGGAGAUGCCUUCGGGAACUGGCAAAACGGCCACUCUUCUCUCUUUAAUCGUGGCCUACAUGGUGGAGCAUCCGGAGACCAUCCGCAAACUAAUAUAUUGCUCUCGUACCGUUCCGGAGAUUGAAAAAGUAAUCGCCGAGCUUCAGAAUCUGAUGGUUUACUACGAGAGACAUUGCCCAAAUCCGCCGCCCCUCACAGGCCUAGUGCUCAGCUCCAGAAAGAACAUGUGCAUCCAUCCCGAGGUCAGCAAGGAGCGCGAAGGCAAAGCCGUUGACGGAAAGUGUUACGGACUCACUGCCAGCUACAUUCGCGACCGGCACGAGAUGGACAGCGAGACGCCCAUCUGCCAAUACUUCGAGGGAUUCAGCCUGGAGGGAAAAGAGUCUACAUUGCCAGUAGGCGUCUACAGCAUCGAUGAUCUCAAGGAAUACGGUCGAGCGCGCAACUGGUGUCCAUACUUUUUAGCACGCUAUGCAAUUGCCCAUGCUCACAUUGUGGUAUAUAGUUACCACUAUCUGCUAGAUCCAAAGAUAGCUCAGGUGGUGUCCAAGGAGAUGAGCCGAGAGUCCUGUGUGGUUUUUGAUGAGGCUCACAACAUCGACAAUGUUUGCAUCGAUUCAAUGAGCGUGAAGAUUAAUAGACGCACUGUAGAGCGCAGUACAAACGCUUUAAACCAGCUAACAAAACUGGUUCAAGACAUUCGGGAAGAGGACACAAAUCGUUUGAACGAAGAGUAUCAGCGCAUGGUUCAGGGCUUAAAGGAUGUUAGUGUGCAGCGGGACACGGACAUGAUCCUGGCCAACCCAGUCCUGCCCAAAGAUGUGCUAACAGAGGUGGUUCCGGGAAACAUAAGGAACGCCGAUCACUUUCUAAGCUUUUUGCGCCGCUUCAUUGAGUACAUUAAGACAAGACUGCGGGUCCAUCAUGUCGUCCAGGAAUCACCUGCCGGCUUUCUUAAAGAUAUAUCCUCCAAAAUAUGUAUUGAGCGCAAACCGUUACGGUUUUGUGCUGAGCGCCUCUCAAGCUUGCUGCGUACACUUGAAAUAAGUGAUUUGACCGAGUACGGAGCCCUUACUCUCAUCACACACUUUGCCACGCUGGUGUCCACCUACACGAAGGGGUUCACCAUUAUUAUUGAACCCUUCGACGACAAAACGCCCACUGUAUCAAAUCCCAUUUUGCACUUUAGUUGCUUAGACUCGUCUAUUGCCAUGGCUCCAAUAUUUUCGAGAUUUCAAACAGUGGUCAUUACCUCAGGCACAUUAUCACCCAUGGACAUGUAUCCAAAAAUACUGGACUUUGAUCCUGUGGUCAUGAGCAGCUUUACCAUGACACUGGCCCGACCAUGUCUUCUUCCUAUGAUUGUUUCUAAGGGCAACGACCAGGUUACCAUUUCAUCCAAAUUUGAGACUCGAGAGGAUACUGCAGUGAUCCGUAACUAUGGCCAGCUGUUGGUGGAGGUGGCGAAGACAGUACCCGAUGGCAUAGUGUGCUUCUUUACCUCUUAUUUAUACUUGGAGUCUGUGGUGGCCUCCUGGUAUGAUCAGGGAAUCGUUGACACCUUGCUGCGCUACAAGUUACUAUUUAUCGAAACUCAGGACAAUGCCGAAACAAGCUACGCCCUGAUGAACUAUGUUAAGGCCUGUGAUUGUGGUCGUGGAGCUGUGUUGCUGGCUGUGGCUCGUGGCAAGGUCUCGGAGGGUGUGGAUUUCGACCAUCACUAUGGUCGCGCGGUGCUCAUGUUCGGUAUCCCUUAUGUGUACACGCAGUCUCGGAUUCUGAAGGCCCGUCUGGAUUACUUACGGGAUCAGUUUCAGAUACGUGAAAACGACUUCUUGACCUUCGACGCCAUGCGGCAUGCAGCACAGUGCGUAGGUCGAGCGCUGCGCGGGAAGACGGACUACGGAAUCAUGAUCUUUGCGGACAAACGGUUCUCGCGAAACGACAAGCGAUCGCGUUUGCCUAAAUGGAUUCAGGAGCAUUUGGUGGACAGUUUUUGUAACCUAAGUACGGAAGAAGCCGUGCAGCUGGCUCGCCGUUGGCUAAAGCGCAUGGCGCAACCGUUUACCCGAGAGGACCAGCUGGGCAUCUCUCUUCUGACCCUCGCCCAACUGGAAAACGCUGAGCAGGAGAAGCUGGAACGGCAGGCCCAGGGCAAACAGGGCGUUGGCGGCGAGGUGCAGGAGUUGUGAGAUGUGGGAGGUGCUCAGCCAACCGGCUCUUUGUCCGACUGCCUUCCGGGAAUAACUCAAGCUGUUGUGCCGUCAGCUAAUGACAUUGAAUGCCAUUAAAAGCGAAUCACAACGGCAUUGCUGGAAAAUUUAAAAGUAAAAUUUUUUUUGGCUGCCAUGCAAAUCGGACGUAAAUGUCCAAUUAAUGGCUAAUUAAUAUUAUUUAUAAUUUCGCAGGCAUGACUAAGUGACCGCUCAAGGCGGCGAAAGGGCGCAAGCGCAGCUCGAGUUUUGCUCUUUCAGCUGUAUUCGUAUCUAUGUAUAUCUGUGAUUAUAUCCGGAUUAGUUGGGCUGCACAUUUGGAAAUAAGUGUACUUUGUGGACUGCACUAUUUGUUAUUGCAAUCUCGAUCUACACCAGAAAUCAAAGUAAAGAAAAUGUUAAAUAAAAUAAAAUAUUUUAUGAUUAAAUGAUUUGGUAAACAA